AUGACCACCCAAACCUCCUCGGCUUUGCCUCCUCCUUCGACCCCUCCACCGAAAUAUGAGGUGUUCCUGAGUUUUAGAGGUCUGGACACUCGAAAAGGUUUUACUGACUAUUUGUACAACACCUUAAUUCAGAAAGGAAUCCACACUUUCAGAGAUGAUGAACAACUCGACAGUGGAGAACCCAUUUCAACGGCACUCUUGAAAGCAAUUGAAGAAUCUCAAAUUUCAGUCGUCAUUCUUUCAAAAAACUAUGCAACCUCCACAUGGUGUCUGGAUGAACUUGCCACUGUGGUUGAACUUGCAGCAAACACCAAGUCCAGGCUGAUUUUGCCUGUCUUCUACGACGUGACGCCAUCCGAAGUACGAGAACAAACCGGAGAACAUUUUAAAGAGGCGUUUGCUCAACAUGAUAAAGAUUUCGAAGGAGAGCCAGGAAAGGUGACAAGGUGGAAGAAAUCUCUCACUGAAAUAGCCAACCUCUCAGGAUUUGAUGUAAGAGGUUUUAGAUAUGAGACAAAAGUGACUGAAAAGAUAGUUAAAAGGAUUUUGGGUAAACUGAAUACAUGUCACACAUUCUCAGAUGAUUUAAAGGAUUUUGUUGGUAUUAAUCGUGUAAAUGAAAUUAAAUCCAACAUGAGUCCGUGUCUGGAAGAAGUUCGGGUAAUAGGGAUUUGUGGGAUGCCAGGGAUUGGUAAGAGUACCAUUGCAAAAGCUCUUCUUCAGAGUAUUCGCAAUCAAUUCGAAGCUUUCAGUUUCAUUUCUAAGAUUGGAGAGAUAUCUAGAAAAGAAAGCUUAUUCCAUAUCAAAGAACAACUUUGUGAUCACUUGCUGAAUAACAGAGAAACUACAAAGAAUGUCGAUGAUGUGAUAUGUAAGAGAUUUCGCUGCAAACGGGGUAGUAGAAUCAUCAUAACCACAACAGAUGAAAGGCUGUUGAUAGAUUAUAAUCCAGAAAUAUACAGGAUUGAGAAACUUACUCAAGAUGAAGCUCUUCUUCUCUUCUGCCGGAAAGCCUUCAAAAAAGACCAUCCUACGGAUGGUUUUGAGGACUUGUCUGAUGAAUUUGUAGAUUACAUUGAUGGUCUUCCUUUGGCUCUUGAAGUUUUGGGUUCCUCCUUAUGGAAAAGAAGUGUGGAAGAAUGGUCUAGUACAUUAGCUUCUUUAAAAGAUAAUAAUUAUUAUGGUGAAGAAAAAAUUAUUGAUAUUCUUAAAGUAAGUUUUGAUGGAUUAAAGAAUCCAGCACAGCAGGAAAUCUUUUUGGACACUGCAUGUUUCUUCAGAGGAGAGGAUGCAUGUCGUAUAAAAAAGAUAUUUGAAAGCUGUGGCUACCAUCCAGGAAGCAAUAUAAACAUCCUCUGUGAGAAAUAUUUAUUAAGCAUCGUUGGAGGAAAAUUGUGGAUGCAUGAUUUACUACAACAAAUGGGCAGAGAAAUUGUUCGGAGAGAAUCCAAAAAGCAAGGAGAACGCAGCAGAUUGUGGCAUCAUACAGAUGCGCUUCCUGUACUAAAGAAAAAUAAGGGGACAGAUGCUGUUAAAGGUAUUUUCCUAACCUCGCCUAAGCCACAGAAAGUGCACUUGAAGGAAGACCCAUUCUCAAACUUGGACAGUCUAAGAUUGUUGAAGAUUCACAAUGUGAAAUUUGCGGAAUGCCUUGAAUAUCUUUCAGAUGAGUUAAGCUUCUUGGAAUGGCACAAAUAUCCUUUAAAAUCUCUGCCUUCAAGUUUUGAACCCCAUAAACUUGUUGAACUGAACUUGUGCGAAAGCGAAAUAGAGCAAUUAUGGGAGGAAGUUGAAAGGCCUUUGAAAAAGUUGGUGAUACUCAACCUUAGUGAUUGUGAAAAGUUCAUCAAGGCCCCUGACUUUAACAAAGUCCCAAACCUUGAGCAGCUAAUCCUGAAAGGUUGUACAAGCUUGUCUGAGGUUCCCGUCAGUAUCAACUUGAGAUCUCUCACAAAUUUCAUUCUUUCGGGAUGUUCCAAACUCGGCAAGCUUCCAGAGAUUGGGGAAGACAUGAAACAAUUAAGGGAACUUCAUUUAGAUGGAACAGCUAUAGAAGAGCUACCAACAUCAAUCAAGCAUUUGAAUGGCCUUACUUUGCUCAAUCUCAGAGACUGCAAGAACCUAUUGAGUCUGCCAGACAUCAUUUGUACUAGUUUGACAACACUUCAAAUUCUCAACCUCUUGGGAUGUUCCAAUCUUAAUGAGUUACCAGAGAACUUGGGGAGUUUAGAAUGUUUACAGGAGCUCAAUGCUAGUGGGACAGCUAUACGAGAGCUACCAACAUCAAUCAGACAUUUGACCGGCCUUACCCUAUUCAAUCUCAAAGAUUGCACCAACCUUUUGGUUCUUCCAGAUGUCCUUUGUACUAGUUUGACAUCACUUCAAAUUCUCAACCUCUCAGGGUGUUCGAAUCUUAACGAGUUACCAGAGAACUUGGGGAGUUUAGCUUUUUUACAGGAGCUUGAUGCUAGCGGGACGGCUAUAAGCCAAGUACCUGAAAGCAUCUCUGAAAUUUCUCAGCUGGGAGAACUUUUCUUGGAUGAUUGUAGCAAGCUUCAAUCAUUGCCAAGAUUUCCAUUCAGUAUAAGAGCUCGCACAAUUCGUCACGGUGAUAGCUUGGAACUUGGUUAUCGAUCAAAUAAUAUUCCAGAAUGGUUGAGCCGUCAUAGUAUUGAAUCCGCCAUAACAAUAUUGCUACCUCCUGAUUUAGAUGGGAAGAGGAAAUGGAUGGGACUUGCUCUUUGUUUUGUUUGCGUAGCAGCCCAGAAGUAUGAUAAUUGGAAGAUGAACCACACGUUGAUGAGGAAUUUGGACCUAGGCGUAAAGGUGACAACGUGUGGGAUGAGUCUAAUAUACUUGGCAGAUGUGCCUGAAUUUGUCCGGAAAUUGAAUAAACACCAUGAAUAUUGCUAUCACGGAAAUCAGAUUAAACAAGAAACUACUACAACCCGGAUUGUAGGUCAAUUGAGAAGAAACGUGGUGUCAUUGCUUGGAAAACUAUUUGAGGGAUUACAGCGGGGCCUUCCUCAUCUCUAUGAUUAUGGUUUUAUUUUUCCUCUACGAGAAAGAUUACAGUGGUUUAGUGAACAAAGCAGUGCCCCUGGGUGCGAAGUAAACUUACCUCUUCCUCCAAAUCUGCACAACGAUGACAACUGGGCAGGACUUUCUCUAUACCUUGUCUGCACUCUGCCUCCAGGUGUUUCACGUACUCGCACUUUCUAUGAGUGUCAUUUCUAUACACCUAUUGAAGGUGUGGGUUACCAACUAAUGCAUCGCCUAAUGUUAUGUUCCCCCUUGGAUGACAAUGCGGGGUCUCAUCGACUCCUCAUUAUUCAUAUACCACGAGUACGCUUUGCAGAACGAUUGAAUCGCUGCCGUUUCAUUCAUGCUUUGGUUCGAACUCCAGGUGUGGAAAUGUGUGGGAUGCGUCUCGUAUACAACCAAGAUGUGAAAGGCUUAAUCCAAACAAUUAGCCAUUGCACCACCGAUCAGUCUGCUUACUACGGAACUGGUGAUUUCACAGAUACCAAGAAAUAUAAGGGAAUUAGUUUGGGAGCUACAAGUUUGCUAACGAAUCUGCUUCAAGCAGCCAACUCCAGCCUGCACAGCUCUGUGAGCGAUGGAUUACAAGGGGGCCUUCCGCAUAUCUAUGAUUAUGGUUUUAUUUUUUGUGUACGAGAAAGAUUACAGUGGUUUAGUGAACAAAGCGGCGCGCCUGGGUGCACAGUAAACUUACCUCUUCCUCCGAAUCUGCACAAUGACGAGAACUGGGCAGGACUUUCGUUAUACGUUGUCUACACUCUACCUUCAGAUGUUGAACUUUCUCGGAUAGUCUAUGAGUGUCAUUUGUGUACACCUAUUGAAGCUGUGGGUCCUGAACAAAUGAUAAAUCGUUUGGAGUUACGAUCUCAUUGGGAUGACAAUGUGGGAUCACAUCGACUCCUCAUUAUUCAUGUUCCACGAGUACGCUUUCCAGAACGUUUGAAUCGGUGUCAUUUUGUUCAAGCUUUAUUUGGAUGCAAAACUCCAGGUGUGGAGGUUGAAAUGUGUGGGAUGCGCCUAGUAUACAACCAAGAUUUCAAAGGGUUAAUCGAAACAAUUAGUCAUUGCACCACUGCAGCAGAUCGGCCUGUUUACUACGGAACUGGUGAUUUUCCAUAUAACAAGAAAUAUAAUGGAAGUGUGGGAGCUACAAGUUUGCUGUUGAAUCUUGUUGGAGACGCCGAAUCCACCCAGCAUAGCUCUGUGAAAGAUGUUUGUCCUCAUUUCAAGCCUUUAGAUGUGCAAUCAGAAAUUCAUUCUGUUGAGGAGCAUAGAUCUAGAAUAUUGUUGUAUGCUGAUCAAAUGACAAAAAAGUUAUGGUCAUGGUAA